AUGCUUGGCAGCAUGGUUACGCCGGCGGUCCAAGGCGAUCUCGGGCAGACCGCGGCGACACCUCCGCACGAUGCCUCAGACUCAGAGGAGGAGGACGACUCUUUCGUUCUCCAGAGAACUAGCACGGUGAAAGACGGACGGUCUGCACCUGCAUCGGGCGAAGCGGACGAAGCGGCCGAUGACAGUGCGGUCGCCUACGACUUCUUCCUCUCUAGGAAAACCGAUGAGGCCCUUCGAGCCAAUCCCGGCUUUCGAGUAAAGAACACCUUCAUCCAUGUGGAUGAGGAGGUCGGCACCGGGAUGGGACGGACGGAGUCCGAUCAGUUCGCGGCCACGCGAACGCAGUCUGACCCCUCAGGCAGCAACGUGCGUUUGCCACGUUGGCCUUCGAGGCUAGCGCCCCGAGUUCCGGCCGUGCCGGAAGAUUCUUCCGAGGCACCGGCCGAGUCAGAUUCGGACGAGUCUGGCGAAAAACGACCAAAGGAGCUGGAGAGGUUCGAGACCUGGGACCAUUUUGCUGCCCAAGCUCACGGCUACGCAGGGUCCCUGCCCAUGCCGGGCACAGAUGUUCCUCCUAUGAUGCCAAUGAUCCCAGUUGGGGUGCCUCAGGAGGGCUACCAGAUGCCCGCUGCCUUUGGCUGGCCCGACGCCUCUGGCCAGAUGACGCUGGCACCUUCAACCGGCCCGGCUUUCGGCCUCGUGCACAGCUUCCACAAGGAGGUCCGGGGUUUCGGCCUUGCCAGCCCUGAUCUCCGGCAAUUUACGAAGGGUCAGGAUUACGAGGGCAGAUUGUCCGUGAUCUCCGGGUCUGAGGUGCAGAGAGGCGGUGUUCAGAAAUACUUGAUGCAGUUCUCAGACGGGGAGCUCACGAAAGCAGAUGGUGUCGGAUUCGUGUUUGCAUCACGCGUGCCGUGUGCAAAGAAUAUUCAAAAGAUCGUGUCAGUCUUCGUGAAUCAGCGCGGGCGAAUCUGCAUGCGUGUCUUCGGCGACAUUCUGAAAGCGAAGAAGCACGUGCGGGCGCUGCAGGUGGGUGACUGGAUCGAAAUGGCAAUCGACCUGGAGAACAGCAUCGCCACUUUCAAGGUGUGGUCGUACGAGACAGUCGCUUCUGGGUACAUGCCCAUGGAGCCAGACUCCACUGCCGAGUUCCACUACGGGAAGAGGCUCGCACAAGCAAAUCAGCUUUCUGCAAAGCCGGUGAAGCUGAACGUUGGUCACUUCGCCUGCGUGAUUCAAAAUGUCGGAGUUACGGAGACGCGGCAGCAAAGCGGGAGGGAAGGUGACGAGGGCGGAGCUUAUGAAGUCAAAGCCUGCGCAUACUUUAAGGAACCGUUGCAAGUCACCUUGUUGGACCAAGGAUCGGUGGGCGGAUGCCCCUCCGCAAAAAUGACAGUGACCAAGCCUGCAUACCCCGACAUCAAAAAUACUCGGAGGCUCAUGGGCGGUCGUAAGUAUGGAUUAGAGUUUGACUUCAAGGAGCCCGCACAGCCGCUGAACGGCCUGGAGGCACCUCGUUCCCGUCGCGCGGUGGAUGUCGUGAAGUACCUGUGGGAGGAAGCGCAGUGGGACCAGGCAGAGAUUGAAGAUGAGAUCAAGAAGCUGAAAGAAGCUAAGAAGGCCGCGGUCAAGUCCAAAGCUCGACGAAGGAAGCAGCCUGCGCCCAUCUUGGAGCGUAAAGCGCUCGACUACAUGCCUGUGGAUGCCGGCAUGCGCAAAGACUUGGAAGCGCGCCGCGCACGGCGGGAAGCCACGCGCGCAGCCCGCGAGGAGCGUCGUGCAAGGAGACAAGAAGCCAGAGAGACGAAGGAGAGGCUGGGGAAAGAAGAGGUUUCCCUCAAGGACGUACUUGGUGGAGACUUCUUCGGAGCUGACGGCGUUGCGCCCGACUUGGUUACGGGAGGAAGCAAGAUCGAAAUCAGUGCAAUCGGCUUCCGAGCAGAUUUGCUCAGUUUCGUGCUCUCUUGCAUGUUUGCCCCGGAUGAUCUGCAGGACCUGUCGCGCGAGCAGGAGGCGUUCGUCGGCUUUGAGGAAGUGAAGAGGUAUCAGAAAGAGACCAAGGACAGCACGCCUGACAAUCUGAGGUUUUUCUUGGAUGAGGUCACCGAUGGUGACAAGGCCUGCACAGUUCUGUGGCACGUGGAGUUCAACUCGCGCAUGUCUCCGCGUGGCGUCAGCUACUACGAGCUGAACGAGGAGGGCAAGGUGCAACGAUUGCAGAAGUCAUUUUAG